UGAUUUAUAUGGCUACUUCCGAGAGCAAACGUGCCCUGCGUUCGCCGUGCGAUCACUGCCACAAGCUGGGCGUAUUUGUAAUGCCUGACGGCGCUUGCGGGCGGAGCCAGGCCAGCCUGAGAGUACCAGUCUCCUCGCCUCAGCCGCAUUUCCGAUCCCGGGAUCUGAGCAUCGCUAGCAUCGCUUGGUAGGAAAAUACGGGCGAAAGGGAGCGCCGAGCUCAUUUUUGCCAGCGUAUAGGGAAAGUCAGGGAGACAUUACUCCACUCAAAAACGGAGAAAUGGUUAUUUAUGAAAAUCAUAUAGAUAUUUGAUUUAAUCGUUUUUAAUAUUUUUGUGACCGCAGCGCAGUAUAUUUAGUCUCAAAAUGGCCGAGAUAACCAACAUUAGGCCAGCGUAUGAUGUGUCCCCCGUGCUGGCGGGCUUCCUGGGAGCAGGGGUCCUGGUGGUGUCAGUGACAGUGGCUGUCUUCCUGUGGACGUGCUGCCAGCGUCGCUACAGGCAGCUGACGGGCGCCUACAAGCUGGGCGGUGAACCCGGCGACCCGCCGUACCGCUUCAUACACAUGCUGAAGGGCGUCAGCAUUUACCCCGAGACGCUCAGCAGCAGCAAGAAAAUCGUGCGGGUGGCACGGCGGCCCGGGCCGCGUGGGCGGGGCCCCUGGGACACGGGCCGGGCCGGGCCGGCGCUGUUGGUAGAUGCAGCGGAGAACGGACUGCUCAGAGGGACAGAGCGCGAAUCCGCUGUCCCGCCUGAGGGUGGCAGCCCAGGAUCAAGUGACACCAGUGGGUGUAGCAGCAACACCAGCAAGGCGGCCUCCCCGUUCAGCCCGGCAGAAGACCGCCCCCUGGGAACACUCAGCCUGGCUGUGGACUAUAACUUCCCCAAGAAGGCCCUGGUGGUGACCAUCGUGGGGGCACAAGGCCUACCGGUGGUGGACGAGCAGUCGGGCAGCUCAGACCCCUACGUUAAGAUGACCAUCCUGCCGGAGAAGAAGCACCGCGUCAAGACCCGUGUGAUGCGCAAGACCCUGGAGCCUGCCUUCGACGAGACGUUCACCUUCUACGGCGUGCCCUACAGCAGCCUUCCCGAACUGGUGCUGCACUUCCUGGUGCUCAGCUUCGAUCGCUUCUCCCGCGAUGACGUCAUCGGUGAGGUAGUGGUGCCGCUGGCCGGCAUAGACCCCAGCACUGGACGGAUCCUGAUCACGCAGCAGAUCUGCAAGAGAAACAUACAGUGUGUGAGCCGUGGGGAGCUAUUGGUGUCUCUGUCCUACCAACCUGUCACUCACCGGCUGAGUGUUGCAGUGAUGAAAGCCAAGCACCUGCCCAAGAUGGACAUCACCGGCCUGUCUGGCAACCCGUACGUGAAGGUCAAUGUGUUUUACGGCCGAAAGCGCAUCGCCAAAAAGAAGACGCACGUGAAGAAGUGCACGCUCAACCCCGUGUUCAACGAGUCCUUCGUCUUCGACGUGCCUCCCGAGCUGCUGCACGAUGUCUCUGUGGAGUUCCAGGUCUUGGACUUUGACCGCACCACCAAAAACGAGGUGGUGGGCCGGCUGGUGCUGGGCGCACAUAGCUCUGGUUCCUCUGCUGCUGCCCAGUGGCAGGAAGUCAUCGAGAACCCCCGCAGGCAGGUCACCAAGUGGCAGACCCUGAGUGAGCAUUAGCCCCCCCCACGCCCAGUGCUCAGUAGCUGAGAGGAGUAGGGGGCCCUGAGCUCCCAAGUCAUAUUUCUCCCCUCUAGGGGCUUUGUACAGUGAACUCUCCGUGUCAUUGAUGGUCAUUACGAUAAUGGGGGGAAUUUAACUCCUAACAGACUCUUGGUAAUUACGAUCAGAGCUUCAUCAGUCAUGCUGAGUGAACGACAGACUGAACAGAAGUCGAAACGGCCUUGUAAAUCAGUUUGGUUGUACUGUAUGGUACUAUAUGGGGGGACACCCAGUGCAAGAUGGAGACCUAUUACCUAAACAACAUGGGGGGGGAGGGGAGGGGGGGCGUCAGUUGUUGAGAAUUUGAUUCUCCUUUCUCUGUUGCGUAUUGGGAAGUGUAUAGAGCCCAUUCAGUUUAUUGCAUGCCCAAACAAUGACAAGGUAAACGACAAAAUAAAGGAAAAUAAAAAACAGAGGCAGUUAGGCACAUAUUAUUGGACCUUGGAAUGUACAAUUACGCAAUCCCUUGUCGCCUUUGAAGGCUUGCAGUGUGAGAGGAUGGGGGCCCAGUUCUGUUCUCUGGAAAUGUGGGUGAACCUCCAUUCGUAAGCCCCAGUAGAUGUACGGUCAUUCCAUAUUGAGACUUCUCCAUGCAUUGCCGCCAUGACACACGAUUCACACACGAGACACAUAAAACAUGAAAAAAUGAUAUAAACAAACCAUAGGAAACAUCUCUACAUAAUAGACAGCUUUGAAUUAUGGCAAUAGUUUUAUAAGCCUUAUACAUUUUCUUCUUAAGCAUGACUAUGGCUUGGAUAUGAUCCGGAAGCACCACUGGUAGAUCUAUAGAACAUGUGUCACAUGUCCAGAGUUCACAGUGGCACAGAAAGACCUGAAAAAUAGACAACCGAUUAAACCUAGAAGAGACUCAGCAGGAUGAAGGGGCGAUUAUGUCCUUGAAUAAUUUGCUUAUACCCCAAUCUCAUCUUUUACAGGUAUCGUGAUUUUUUUUGUAUUUUAUGCGGUUUCAUAUGAGCUGAAGCUCACGAAAGAUGUCGCCUGAUAUUUUUACAGUUCGCACUUACAAAUGUCCCGUUUCUUCAUAUUAAACUUGUCAAGGUUUAUUUUGGGGAACGGCAGUCUCCAGGUCCCCAUCUGAAGGCUGCCCCCUCCUUGCAGAGGAGAUCAUGUGACAGUGGACUGUGACGUGUGUCAUACUGAGCGUUUGCUUUGACGGGCGUCGCAAAGCUUAAUGCUAAAAGCAUAAUUGACGACUGAAAAUACUGAAAAUGCUUCUGCUAAAGCGUUGCCCAGUCACCUUAAUGCCUGGUCUUGUAUUUUUCAUUCUGUCUUUGGAGAACAGUGUACCCCCCCCCCAUUCCCCCAACCUCAUACAUAAUACCAUCAUCCAGUGUCCAGUGACAGCAUCUUAAUGAAGCCCAUGCCUCAGAACAGGAUCCCUGUGUUCUUCUCUGACCGUUCCUAUGAAGACUUCUUUAGUGUGCCGCCGUCUGGCGUUACUCGUUAUCUGUCGUUCGUUAGCGCUCACAGCGGAGGAAUCCCAGUACCGGAGUUGCCUUGGAAAGUUGGGAACGAUGAGGUGGUCUCUUCUUGGGCUGAGCGAGUCUCUCCUCCCUUUACUUAGUGUCAGUUUGAGCCGCUCACCUGUAAGUGUCCUUACAGAAAAAAACAAUGUGUUAAAAUAUUAAAUGCAAAACAUAUUCCAUUUUGAUAUAUGCCAAAAUAUUCAGGAUAUGCUAGAAAUCUGUGCAUACAUUGCAAAAUGUAUUCCAGUUUCUAAUAUUGCAAAAUGCACGUUAUUCUGUAUUAAAUACUAAGGCAGGACAUUAGACUUUGUAAUAUAUGUUGCUUAUUUUUACCAUAUAUUAACAUGUAUACGUUAUGGUCCCUUCCAGACUUCUUGUGAACUGGGCCAUUGGUGGCAUUCCUUCCUUGGAGUACCAUUUCAGCAUGGUAAAAUUCCCUGGUCCAGAGUGUGAUAUCGACAUCACUGGUGACCUGCUGGCCGUUACUUGCCACAAACGCAGAAUUCAGUAGCGUAAUCUGUUGUGCCAGGGGCCUGCUGUCUGAAAUCACGCUGUGAUUGUGCUUCAAAGGUGCAUUGUUUGGACGUAGAGCCCAGGCUAUCAUAGGACAGAGCCCCUUGGGCAUGGAUGUACCUCCACAUGGACCAACCUCAUAUAUAUAAUACAGGGCUGGUGUAUCACUGCCCUACCCCUCAUUCUAGGGCACAGAAGUAGAGAUUUUGUACUGCCGAGGUUCAGGUUCAGAAAGUACAAAUCCGGGCCAAAAUUUUGUUUCAACUGAGCAGUUGAGUAUAAAGAGUCACAUUCAUGGAGUACUCGGAGUACUCGCAGUACUCAACUGGGUAUUUGAAACAAAAUCUUGGUUUCGAUUUGUACUUUCUGGGCAUGAACUUUCCUCCUCUGGUGCUGCCCUUCAUUUCCAAGUAUGUUUCUGUUUUCGAUGCUUCUGCAGCUGCUUCACUAUCUGGUACAUCAUUAUCGGCUUUCCUUAUUGCUCCUGUGGGGAGAGGGGGGGGGAAUCUCUACAUAGUGAAAAAACAUAUAU